AUGAGGCUGUGGCCGGGCCUGCGGCUCGUGGGUGCCGGCGGCAAAGUGCAGAAGGGCGUCUUCUUCACCGUCAGCGAAGUGGGAGAGCGAGUGUCGCAGGAAAGCGCACAGAGCUUCGAGCCCUGGGAGCUGCUGAAGCACAUCCGCCUUUGCAGCGCCAUCACUUACGCUUCCGUGGUUUCACUGCAAGUGUAG